CGCGAUACACAGUUAACAACCGAACCAAACGUUGCGGUUAGUGAGCCCAUUUUACGAGAAAAAAAUCUGGGAGAAAAAGAAAAAAUUCAUUUCACCAACCUCUCAUCUCCCUCUUUACAUGCACCAAUAUAAUCUCCAUCUAUCUAUAUAUAACCAAAUCAAAGCCCACCCUUCGUCUUACAAAGCUCGGUAGGUUCACUGGCUUUUUUCCUUUGGGCUCGCCAAGUGUGUAUAACUAGAAAUAAUCUAAAAUCUCGUCACCUUUAUUCCCAUUUGAAAUUCCUCCCUCCCGUUUCUUUUUUGGCCGAAAAUGGAGGCUCUCUCCUUCAGCUCCCUCAUGGCCUCCCCGGCCAAUAAAGUCCGGUUAGUGGCGGCGAGGAAGGGAAGGAGCCUCCAGGUCCGUUGCCAGGGUGGUGGGAAUGUGAGCAAGUCGGUCGGGAUCUCGUCCUCCUCAAGCGGUGUUUUCACGGAAAGGGAGAGGCCGACCGAUCACACAAGAGCUGUGAUGGAAGCAGGGAGCCUGGUCUUGUCCCCAAAUGGGACAAGUGAGAACAUUACCACGAAGGAGCUGAUGCCUUAUGCAGGUGGGCAUGGCCACUCUCUGGUGGAAAUGGAUGAAGGGAUCGGGAUCGUCCGGUUCUUGAGGGGGAAGAGGUUCUUCAUUACUGGUGCAACGGGUUUCCUAGCAAAAGUUCUAGUUGAGAAGAUCCUGAGGACAGUCCCCGAUGUCGGAAAAAUAUUCCUCCUGAUCAAAGCAAAGGACAAGGAAGCUGCAAUGGGAAGAUUAACAAAUGAAAUCAUGAAUUCGGAACUCUUUAAGUGCCUCCGGCAGACUUACGGAGCAUCCUAUGAACCUUUCCUGCGGAGCAAGCUUGUUCCCGUGGUUGGAGAUGUCUGUGAAUCAAAUCUUGGACUGGAUGAAGAUUUGGCCGACUUUAUCGCCAAGGAAGUGGAUAUCAUUGUAAAUUCAGCAGCUAACACUACAUUUGAUGAAAGGUACGAUGUAGCUAUUGACAUAAACACAAGAGGAGCUCACAACAUCAUGAGCUUUGCAAAGAGGUGCAAGAAAGUGAAGCUCUUCCUGCAGGUUUCAACCGCUUAUGUAAAUGGACGUAGACAAGGGAAAAUAUUGGAAAAGCCAUUCGGCAUAGGUGACAGCAUAACGAGGGAAAGUUUCACAGCCAAGCAAUGCAAUGGUUCCUUCCCGAAAUUGGAUGUGGAAAGAGAAAUUAAUUUGGCUUUGAGUACAAAGGAAGGUUUAGAGGAUCAUGCUGCAGCUCAGAAGAUGAAAGAGUUGGGUUUGGACCGGGCUAAGAAGUUUGGUUGGCAAGAUACUUAUGUGUUCACAAAGGCGAUGGGAGAAAUGGUAAUCGAUGACAUGAGAGGGGAGAUACCAGUGGUCAUAAUAAGACCGAGUGUGAUCGAGAGUACUUGGAAGGAGCCGUUUCCUGGAUGGAUGGAAGGAAAUAGGAUGAUGGACCCCAUUGUCUUAUAUUAUGGAAAGGGGCAGCUCACAGGAUUUCUAGUAGACCCGAAUGGAGUGCUCGAUGUGGUCCCAGCAGACAUGGUAGUGAACGCAACCUUAGCGGCAAUAGCUAGGCACGGAAUGGCUGCAAAACCCGACAUUGCAGUGUACCAGGUUGCUUCAUCAGUCGUGAACCCUCUGGUCUUCCAGGAAUUGGCUCUAUUGCUGCAUGAGCAUUACUGUUCUUCCCCAUGCAUGGAUCCAAAGGGCAGGCCUAUCCCGGUCUCAUCAAUGAAGCUAUUUAGCUCUAUGGAAGAAUUCUCUGCCCACCUUUAUGGAGAUGCUUCUCGGAGAAGUGGCGCCUACUCAAAGGGGAAGUUGUCUCAAAGGCUUGAAGUUAUAUGCAGGAAGGCUGUGGAGCAAGCAAAGUAUCUGGCGAAUAUUUACGAGCCAUAUACAUUCUACCAGGGAAGGUUCGAUAACAGCAACACUCAAAGACUGAUGGAGAGCAUGUCUGAAGAAGAGAAGAGAAGCUUCAGGUUCGAUGUCCAGAGCAUUGAUUGGAAAGACUACAUCACUAACGUCCAUAUACCUGGCCUGAGGCGGCAUGUGAUGAAGGGCAGAAGGACUGCCGUGUAACUUUUAGUGAAACUACAUCUUCUCUUUUGGCGGUCUCACUCAAGUUUAAUCAAUGUAAUAAAAAUGAAUUUCGAUUAGAUUUAAGGAAUGCAGCUAUAAAAAUAGUUUCUUCUAACUCGCGUCAA